AUGAGUUUCCUGAGCAGAAUGCUAAAACUUGGGAAAGCAACUGCGACCGUGGGGGAGUGCGAGUAUACGAAAUGGAGUAAAGAACAAUUGAUAGAAAGGCUACUGCUCCUAGAAGGUGAAGGUAAGAGGUCAGCGGACACUAGCGUUGCCAGUGAGGAUCCAAAGAGGAAGAAGACGAACGAGAAUGCAAAGAAGGUCAAGACGAAAACACCUAAAGAAUUCGACUUCUCGAAGUACAAUACCCGGUUUAUUGCGCUGAAGUUUGCAUAUCUGGGCUGGAACUACAAUGGCCUGGCGAUUCAAAAGGAUCCCACACCGCUUCCAACUGUCGAAGGAACCAUCCUUGAGGCAAUGAACAAAUGUCGGAUGGUGCCAUCGAUGGUACCACAAGACUAUAAGUUUAGUAGAUGUGGGAGGACGGACAAGGGAGUGAGUGCCAUGAAUCAGGUUAUUUCGUUACGUGUCCGCUCCAAUCUAACACCCCAGGAGCAGGAGGAUCCCGCCAACGAUGCCCGGGAAAUUCCUUAUAUUCAUAUCCUGAAUCAGCUGCUACCUGAUGAUAUCAGGAUAUCUGCCAUCUGUUUACGGCCUCCCAAAGGGUUUGAUGCAAGAUUUAGCUGCAAGUACCGUCAUUAUAAGUACUUGUUCAAUAAGAGUGGCCUGGACCUUUCGAAGAUGGAGGAGGCUGCUAGACUAUACGAAGGUGAACACGAUUUUAGAAAUUUUUGCAAGUUGGACGGGUCUAAGCAAAUUACAAACUUCAAGCGGACCAUUCUAAGUGCCAAGAUUCUACAUGUAGAUGGCGAUAUGUACUGUUUUGAUUUGCUUGGUUCUGCCUUCUUGUGGCAUCAAGUAAGGUGCAUGAUGGCCAACUUAUUUAUCGUGGGACAGGGUCUAGAACCUCUAACGUUGAUCAACAACCUUUUGGAUGUCGAAAAGAACCCCCAGAAACCAGUAUAUGAUAUGGCAAGUGACAUCCCGCUAAUACUUUACGAUUGUAAAUUUGACGACAUGGAAUGGCAGUUACCUGAUCUCUCUGCCGAGAAAGCAUUCAAGACCACUAGGUCUGUUGAUGGCAUAUAUCUGGACUAUCAACUAAAGGCAGCAGUGUCUACUAUUUUCAAAAACACAUUGCCAAGAGCUGAUAAAAACGAAAAGAUAACUAUUAAUGUGGGAGAUGGGAAAGGCAAGGUAGUGAACGUGUACCAAAAACUGUUUGACCGCCAGUUUUCAGAAUCGGUAGAAGCAGUCAACGCUAAAUACAAGGAACGUAAGCGCAAAAAUACUAAAGGCCAGUAA